AUGAUGUGGGUCCUGAGUGGAAAUUCUUUAACAGCACCUCCUGUUAGCAGAAGUGUUAAGCCUGUCACUCUUGAUUUAACAGCCUGUAGAGAGACAGAAUUUGGUGAUGAGAAAAAGGGUAAUGUAGUUUACCUGGGAAUCAAGGGAAAAGAGCUCCGUCUCUUCUGUGCAGAAAUUCAGGGCAAGCCUACUUUGCAGCUUAAGGUGAGCGAAAAAUAUAUGGACCUGUACAUGGAGAACAAAGCAGAGAAGUCCUUUCUCUUUUUCCACAAUAAAGAAGGCUCCACCUCUCUCUUUCAGUUAGUCUCUUAUCCUGGCUGGUUCACAGCCCCCUCCUCCACAACAGGAGAGCCCAUCAUUCUAACCUAG